ACGGAAGAUCUGCUCUAAUAUUAUAGUUUGAUCACCCCCAGAGGUCGUACAUAGUAGUGUAAUGUAUUGAUUGGUUGAACUUUGUAUUGAGGAUAUUCAUGUUAUUCACGUGCAUGGGCUGGCCGCAUGGCUGGGUUAGAGAUUAUUUAGGGUCGAGUAUAAAUAUAAGCGAGUGCUAUGUGACGUCACUCGGCGGCCAUCUUCCAACCUAGCGAUGUACCUCUAAUGUUUCUCUUGGGCGAUUAAAGUGUGUGAAACAAGAAGAUGUUGUAUGGUGAUAUGUGAAGGUGAUACACUGCAAUUGGCGACGAGGAUGGGAUUCGAAACCCAAACGCAACGCCUCCUCCUGACAACGACGUUGUACCAGCCGUAUAUUAACUAUAGAUAACAUGGAAGAAAAUAACUAUAGACACAAGCACGAGCGUUUAUACACCCCGAGAAUAACACCGAUUGUUACUCUCAGUGACGGAAAGCAUCGACACUUCGGUAAGAAUGCAUUGCACUGGACCCUUUCCGCCAGUAAACACCAUAACAGAAUCCUUUCUGUCACUGAAACCAAUGCAAUCUGUUUAUAGGGUUUGCUGAAAAAAAUGGGGAUCUCCAGAAAGAUAUGUUAUUGAUACCUUGGAAACAGGUGAUCUCAAGAAAGAACCAUCAUUGGAACCCUGACAAUUGGUGAUCUCAUGAAAUAUCCAGUGAUUGGAAUCCUGGAAAUAUGAGAAACGAUUGUGGUCCAACAAGGCAGUCUCAUACAUGAAGUGAGUGCAGGAAAACAUUUUUCAGAUCAGAUCACUUAAAAAAUAUUUUUUAUCAUAGCGGAGUCUUAUCAGCAUGGCGAAUGUCAGAAAACAUUCACACUAUCACCUAAUAUUGGGAAACAUGUGGACAAAACAUUUUCAAAAUCGGAUAAUCUGCUGACGCGCAUCAGGAUUCACUGUGGAAUCAACCCUUACCAAUGUGUUGAAUGUGGGGGAAAAUAACACAAUCAGGUACUCUUUAGAACCACACAAGGAUUGACAGUAGAAUCAAGCCUCAUCAGUGCAUUGUGCUUGGGAAAACAUUUACACAAUCAGGUAACAUGCAGAAUCACAUGAAUAUUCUCUGUGGAAUCAAGACUCAUCAAGACAUUGUGUGUGAGAAAACAUUUACACAAUCAGGUAACAUGCAGAAUCACAUGAAUAUUCUCUGUGGAAUCAAGACUCAUCAAGACAUUGUGUGUGAGAAAACAUUUACACAAUCAGGUAACAUGCAGAAUCACAUGAAUAUUCUCUGUGGAAUCAAGACUCAUCAAGACAUUGUGUGUGAGAAAACAUUUACACAAUCAGGUAACCUGCAGAAUCACACGAUGAUUCACAGUGGAAUCAAGCCCCAUCGCUGCAUCGUGUGUGAGAAAACAUUUACACGCUCAAGUUAUCUGCAGAAGCACAUGAAGGUACACAGCGGAAUCAAGCCUCAUCAGUGCAUUGUGUGUGAGAAAACAUUUACACGAUUAGGUAAUCUGCAGGCACACAUGAGGAUACACAGUGGAAUCAAACCUUGCCAGUGCAUUGUUUGUGAGAAAACAUUCACACAUUCAGGUCAUCUGAAUUCUCACAUGAGGAUUCACACAGGAAUCAAACCUUAUGAAUGUGUUGAAUGUGGGAAUAAAUUUAGACACUCAUGUCAGCUGAAGACACACAUGAGGAUACACAGUGGAAUCAAGCCUCCUCAGUGCAUUGUGUGUGAGAAAACAUUUACAAAAUCAAAUCACCUACAGAGACACAUGAGGAUUCACACAGGAAUAAAACCUCACAAAUGUGUUGAAUGUGGGAAAACAUUUACCCAAUCAUGUCAUCUGCAGGCACACAUGAGGAUACACAGUGGAAUCAAGCCUCAUCGCUGCAUUGUGUGUGAGAAAACAUUCACACUAUCAGGUCACCUACAGAGACACAUGAGGAUUCACACAGGAAUCAAGCCUUAUGGAUGUGUUGAAUGUGGGAAACAAUUUAUACAAUCAGGUUGCCUGCAGAAACACAUGAUGAUUCACACAGGAAUCAAGCCUCAUGAAUGUAUUGAAUGCGGGAAAACAUUUGCAGUUUCAGGUAAACUGCGGAGACACAUGAAGAUUCACAGUGGAAUCAAACAUUACUAAUGUGUUAAUGUGGGGAAAUUUACACAUUCGAGUGACCUUCUGAAAAAAACAAAUUUACAAAGACAUGUCAGCUGCACAUACACGUGACGAAUCACAGUGGAAUGAAGCCUCGUAAGUGCAUUGUGUGUGAGAAAACAUUCACACAAUCAGGUUGCCCGCAGAAAUAUAUGAUGAUUCACACAGCCUUAUGAAUAUGGUGAAUGUGGGAGGAAAUUUACGCAAUCAGUUCGGGUAUUCCCAUUUGUCGGCACCUAUUGUUUAAAGGUUCUAGAUCAGUGGAGCGCGAUAAUCCCUGAGAACAAAACGUGAAAUUCUUAUUUUGCUCCCCUGUCGGUCUGUGAUAUUUGGUCACCCAAGCCGGUCAGAGAAUAUUUGGUUACCCAAUAUUUAAUGAUGACUUUAAGUACAAAAAGAAAAAAAAAUAUCUCACACAGUUACACAAUUAUUUUACACAUUUCAUUAGCACUUUUACAUGCAUACAUCUAUUGCACAUAUCUUCAUUCAGUUCACCUGCAGCAGGGAUAAUCUGCAACACCUGAAACACAACGUUAUAUAGUCUCCCUGUCUGCAUUCACACAGGAAUCAAACCUUGAGAAUGCCAUGUACUCUUUAGAAACACAUGCGAAUUCACUUUUCAAUCAGGCAGCGGGGACCUAUCACUGUGUUUGGUUUGGGAAAGUAUUUACACCUGCAGGCUCCCUACAGAAACAUAUAAGAAUGCACGUCAAAGUAGAAUCCUGUCUGAUGAUUCUGAAUAUCAGUGUUGUGAUGGAACUUUUAAAUUUUUUCUCUGGAAUGUGAAUCGUUUAAAACCCAAAAUCUAUGACAAUGACUUUCAAAAUUGUAUGCCAUUUCAAAAUUGUUUGUCUUGUAGAAACAUUUAUUGACAUAUUUCCGAUGUUGAUUGGUGACAUGACUUUGAUAUCUUAUAUAGCCCAGCAGUAAAACUCUCCGAGUAUGGUCGACUUUCUGGUGGUGUCUGCGUAUGUGUUCAAUAUCUCAGCAAAUCUGAGUUUGACAAUUUUAUAUGUAUCAAAUUUAUUAAGUCGAUAUUUGCACUAAAGGUAAUUAAACAACGGAUUCAUCUCUAAUGGAAAAAAGCAAUUAUUGAUUAUUGUUGGAAUGAGUCUUUGUGUAACUUAAUCUUCAAGAGAGAAUCGCGUCUUGUUAUCAGACCUGACAGUCAUGUAGAAGAUGCUAUUAUGAUUUUGUAAGUAUGCGUUUAAAUUCUGCCAGACGUAUGAAGAAACGUGUAUCGAUCGCACCACCGCGAAACAAUCCACCCAUAAAUGCUGAGUGUAAGGCUUCACGAUGGGUUGCACAAAAAUCUCUGAAGACAUUUAGACUUAAUUAACGUAACGAUAAUAUCUAUAGAGAAUAUUGUAUUGUAAAGAACGUAACAGAUGAAAUAAUGAGAGCUACUUAUUAAUGCGAAAAAUGCGACUAUAUCUGAAGCGCAUUAAUAAAUCUCGCAUUAUUAUAUUGUCUUUUGCACUCGAUAUCGUUAUUACUAGUAUUUGGGUCACGAUAACCCAGUGAACAAAGACGAACGAUUGAUUCACAAAAAUUCCUUUAUUGACACAAUAACAUCGACAUCGCAAGGUUGUCUGUUUUCACAAUUAUCCAUAGAUAUUUGAGCUCACAGCCGGCAGGUAUCCACGAGCCAUGCGGCUUAGAUGACGUGACCUCGCACGAGUUAUGUAACGUUUUUUGUUGUUGUUGAACAUGCUACUGCUGUUGAAGUUCGUGUUGACUGACUUCCUUUGAUAUCUGAACACUGUUAUUAUUAUGAUAUUUUAUAUAUAUGUUUUCAUUUGCUUUACUAUUACUAUUAAUACUUUUGCAUAUGUAUAUGUGUGUAUGUGUGUUUAUGUAUGUGUGUGUAUAAGUAUGUAUGUGUGUGUAUGUGUGUAUGUAUAUAUAUGUAUGUAUGUGUGUAUAUGUAUAUUUAUUUAUUUAUUUAUUUAUUAUUUUUAUUUAUUUAUUUAUAAUUUUAUUUUAUUUUUCAAUACUAUUUAUAGUUAAUAUUAUAGUUAAACAUACACACUUGUUUCUGAUGUAUGUAAGGUAACAUACACAACCUCUAGCGAUUAUAGACAUAAAUAUAAUUAAUAAAAAAUUAACAAUGA